AUGGCUCCUCCAGACCUCAACUCCCUCCCACCAUCGAGAUCCAUGUCCUCCUCGCCCCUGCAGCCACGAGCCAUGACCACCACCACCUCCCCGCCAAACCGCAACGACACACCCUCUCCUCGAGCCUCGUCGAUAUCUCUCGCGACUGCUGCCAUCACAAACGCCGCCAAUGAAUCCUCCAGACGCUCCUCUCUGAGUGCCCGCGGCUCUCCCCGUUUGGGCCGCAUGCCUUCGGACCGCCGCCGCUCUCAAGCAGCCAUGAACUUCAGCCUGAACCUCAACGACCCCGCGCUGCCCAGUCCAGGCGAACUCUCGAGCAGCGACCCUCGUCUCAGCUUCAAUCACAGCUACGCCUCUGCGAGCCCUCCCACGAUCGGUGGCCGCUCUGCCAUCGCCACCGGCGAUCCUCACCACCAGCGUCAACCCAGCCUGGGUGAGAUUCACAACGAACUCGAACAAGAGCAGGAGGCCCAGGUGAACCGUAUGCUCCAGAUGAUCCGCGAGCAACAACUACAACUCGACGCACUACGCAACAACAGCCAGCACACCACCGAACCGUCACAGUCGUCGGCGCAAUCUGGGUCCACCGGACUCGCCGUCCUCGACGAUGACCAAACACCGGCCUCGGAACGCUCGAUAUCGUUCCCGUCCGUCCACCCGGCCGUGCCACCACAGCAGCAACCACCGCCACCCACACGACGCUUCUCCCGCGACCCUUCCAGCGCAAGCCGCUCGCCCGCGCUCCGCCCCCUCCCCAGCCAAGAAGCCAGCGCCGACUGGCCCUCGUCGCCCGUCGAGGGUGGGAGGAGGGGCAGCUUCCGCGAUGAGAGCGCCUUCUACCAAGCCGAGACGGCCAUGUUGACCCGAGAAAAUCAACUCCUCAGACAACGCAUACGGGAACUGGAGAAGCAGAUUGCAGAGAUGGAGAUCUUGCCGCCCAACGCCCCCGCCACGCCGAGUAACCUGGCCACGAGUCCGCCUAUCGAAGCAGAAGAGGAAGCCGCGUCCGUGGCGGCGGCCGUCGCGAGAAUCACUGCAGAGCAAGACAAGACGUGA